UGGCAAAGUGAUAUUGCAUUCCAACUGGUUCAUCGGAGAAAUUUGGUGUCCAUUUCUGCUACAGGUUCUGGGAAGAGCUUUAUCUUCUGGCUCCCCAUGCUAUAUGAGAAUGGACUCAUGAUAAUUGUUGUUCCAUUGAAGAACCUAGGACAGCAGCUUGCUGAUGAAUCUUCUUGGAGGGGAUUCUUUGUCCUAUCUCCUGAGCUAGCAGUCGACCCACACUUCAUGCACAUCUGGAAUGAACCAAAAAUCAAGAAAAAGAUAAAUCGCAUAAUUAUUGAUGAAGCCCACUGUGUCAGUCAGUGGGGAAGAGACUUCCGAUCAUCAUAU